CGAAACUGUAUGACCUACUCGAGGACAUGAAUGCUCCCCUCUUCGCAAACUGCAGACUGCGUCUUCCUUGCAUCGCAUUCCGUGUCACGGAAGUCAAACGGAGGCGCGGUCAUGCUGCUCAUUCCACGUAUGAAGUGAAAGCAGAUGGGCUGCGCGACUUGCUGAUAACCACGGACGAGACACUGAUUCAGUUCUCGCGCGCAAGACCCACUCGACAGACGUUCUUUCUUGUCCGUCCAUGGGAUCGUCGUCUCCUUGAGCUGCCUGACUUUGCAGACGAAGCGGAGAGCGUAGGGGAUUUACCGAGUCCGAGUCUGCAUUAGACGACACUGACGAAUCGUCCAGCGAAUCACAUAGAGAAGAGGACUCGUCAGUUGACUCGGAAUCCCACUCGCGAUCAUUACGCUUGAUGGUUCACCUCGGGCAGGCUUUCAGCGCACUUUUGCUAGCCCAGCAACGCGUUGGAGAAUACAAGAGGAUCGCGUCGGACUAUAAUAUCAUUGCGCAGGUCAAAGACACGGUUUCGAUUGACACUAUGAUUAUG